GGAAACACUAAAAGAAACAAACAAGCUAUUAGAAAUUAUUGUUACAACUCCUAUGUCAACUUUUCUUCGUAAUACUAUGACCCAGGAUCGCCUUACAGCGUUGUCGAUGCUGUCCAUUGAAAAGGAAUUCAUUUCGACCAUGGAACAUUUCAACGGGAAGGUGAUCGACAAAUUUGCUGCCAAGAAGGAGCGUAGAAUCGAACUGACAUAUAAAAAAUAGGUAAGUUCGGAUUUGCAGAACACCUGUUUUAUUUUGCCACGAGCCGCCGCUGACUCAUUGUAUUUUUCAGUAGCGUCUGUAUUGAAUCAGUAUAAAUCGACAAUUCAAAAGAGUCCGGAAAACCUGCUGGAAGGUAAACAACGUAUUCCCUAAAAGUUUUAGCACAAAAUUCAUUGGCUUUAAUUU